UUUGUCUGUUCAAAUUUAUUUCGAUAGUAGCAACCAUAAAGUACAAGUGCGUUUGUGGAAACGAUUUGAAAUCAGUGAAAAAUGAGGGCCCUCAACCAGCUACUACUCAAGCGGACAUCCACAUACGCCGUAGGAAUUGCUGCCAGCGUGUUCUUCUUCGAGCGGGCCUUUGACAUGGGCACUGAUGCGUUUUUCAGGUCGUACAACAAGGGGAAAUUGUGGGACGACAUCAAGGAUAAAUAUGAGCAGUAAAAAGCAGUAUCUUUGGUGCAACCUAUCUGUUUAAUACGACUAAUAAAAUGUAGGCAACAAGCAACAA